AUGAGGCCUGUAACCCUGGUGCUGUUCCUCACCUUCACUCUGCUGGCUUUCAAUGCUGGCCACAUCCUACCAGGAGCAGCAGAGGUGAGAAGCAGAAAGCAGAAAGUAUGGGCCAGAGUGGGCAGUUCAGCUGUGUUGCCUUGCUACCUGAGCCGCAAAAAGAUGGGGAAGAGCUGGAAGCAUCUGCCUGACAAGACAUCUGUGCUGUGGAAGCGGCUUGGGAGAAGCACCCACCAGGAGCCACAUAUAGUGCUGGAGGUGGAGGGCUCGGGGCUCCGGAAGACGGCGCUGCCCAUGAAGCCCCGAGUGUCAGUCCAGGACUCUGCCUUACGCAAUGGCAACUUCUCCCUGCACAUCAGCCCUGUGCGGAGCGAGGACGCCGGGCUCUAUGAGGCGCAGGUGGUGUACAACACCAAGGUGCAGAGCUGCCACGUGGACCUGGGGGUAAUCACAGUAACCCUCAGUCCGCCCAGCCCUGUGGUAGAAAACGAGCCGCUCUUGUUGCGGUGCAACUCCAGCCACCAUGCAAGCCUUGUGGAGACGUGCUGGUUCCACAAUGGGCACCUGGCCCCCACCUCUGGGACCUUCUGCUCCUCGCAUGGGGCUCUCUCCAUCCUCCGGCCAGCCAUGAGUGAUGCGGGCUCCUGGCGCUGCCAGCUCAGAUACUCCGAUAACGAGAUCAUUUCUGCUAUGUACAACCUGCAAAUUCUAGGUUUUGAUGGCCCAGCCAACCCCGUGGUCUAUGCUGCAGCUGGUUCUGCAGCUGAUUUACCAUGCACCCUGAGCUACCUUCCUAGCGCCUUUGGGAUCAAUGUGGUGACAGCCCACUGGAGCCACCUUGCAGGAGGACACAUGCAAGACUGGGGCAUCGCCCACAAUUCGAGCAGCAGAAGCUUCCCCCUUCAUCUCCCUGCGGUGGGGCCAGGUGAUGCAGGACAGUACCGCUGUGCUGUCUCUGUGGGCAGCAGGACGAUCAGCAGGGACGUGACCCUGGCAGUGGUUACAGUCACUCCAAACAUCCAAGGACCGGUUUCUGAGGGGUGUCACUUGCUGCUCACCUGCAGCCUCACACACCCUCAGGGACAUGAACGUUUCCAGUGGAAGCAGCUUGAUUCACCCCCCACUAACAGCAAGCUGGCUGUGGCCACCUCCCAUAACCUGGGGGGCUACAGAUCCCAGAUGGGCCCUACCUUGGAAAUACGCCAUGUGUCACAAAAGGAUUCGGGCACAUGGGAAUGCAGUGUAUAUGGCCCAGAAGGCAGACUGGGAGCAGUGGAGUAUGGUCUGCAGAUCACAGGUGCCCAGGUCUCCAGCCCUCCCACCAUCUUCAGUGGGCAGGUUACUUUUGGGCUCACACUCACCUUCUUUCUCCUGCUUACAGUCUGUGUUCUGGCUCUGGCCCUACAAAAAAGGGCACGGUCUCCUGCCUUCCCAGCGCUGGAUGGGAUGGUUGCAAUCACUGUGCCGAGGAAGAAGGAGGCAGAGGAAAACCAGAAAGAGAAGAUCCAGCAAACUGAGUGCUGA